AAAAGCCCUCCCUCCUCUUUUUCCUCGCUCCAUUCUUUUUCCCUCCAUCACUUGACGGAGGGCAGGCGGCGUGAGAGCAUCCUCCUCCUCCCCACCGGGUACCGGCCAGAGCAGGGCUUCCGCAGCGCAGCGCACCGGAGCGGAGCUGGAGGAGAGCAGAGGAGAGAAGCCAACAGGAGAAGAAGAGGAGGAGGAGGAGGAGGAGGAGGAAGAAGGACGGACUGUCUCCCCUCAGACAGGCGGGAUUGUACUCCGCAGCAUCCCGGCGCUCCAACAUGCCUCUGGGAAUCAGGAGACUCGCUGGGAUUAGCGCGCUGAUCGGCUGCUUGCUGCUUGGCUCCUGUGGGACAUCUGGAGAAGAGGUAUGUGACAGGCCACUGGUGUCCAGUCUGCCGCCAUCAUCCUUCAGGAGCUCCUCUCAGCUUUCCAUCAGUCAUGGGCCAGUCUUUGCGAAGGUCAACAGGAGAGAAGGAGCUGGAGGUUGGUCACCUCUCAUCUCGGACAGAUACCAGUGGUUGGAGGUGGACCUGGGGAGACGAACCCAAAUCACUGCUGUUGCCACGCAGGGUCGCUACGGCAGCUCUGAUUGGCUGACGGCCUACCUGUUGAUGUUCAGCGACACGGGACACAACUGGAGACAACAUCGGCAGGAAGACAGCUUAGGGGCUUUUCCAGGGAACAGUAAUGCAGACACUGUGGUCCAGUACAAACUGGAGCAGCCAGUGAUAGCCCGCUAUCUUCGUUUGAUCCCACUGGACUGGAACCCCACUGGGAGGAUUGGACUCAGACUGGAGAUAUAUGGCUGUCGAUACACCUCUGAUGUGGCCAACUUUGAUGGCAGCAGCAGCCUGGUCUACAGACUGAGUGUAAGGCCAAGCUGGAUGACGACGGAGAUCAUCUCUCUGAAGUUUAAAACCCUAAAGAAUUCUGGUACGCUGCUUCAUGCAGAGGGACUGAGAGAUCACAGCCUCACUUUGGUGUUGGAGAAAGGAAAGCUGCUGCUUUACCACCAACAAGGUGUGAGUUCACCCUCUGGUGGUCAGCUCCUUGUUUCUCUGGGUAGUCUGCUGGAUGACCAGCACUGGCACCAUGUAAAGCUGGAGAGACUGAGCACUCACCUCAACCUCACCGUGGAUAAAAACACGCAGCAGGUUCAUGUACCAGCUGAACUCAGCCACUGGCACAUUCAUACGCUGAGUCUGGCGGCUGUGCAGAGUCAUGGACUGCAGAAACCCAUCCUCUCCAACAGGAACUUUCAUGGCUGCAUGGAAAACCUGCUCUACAGUGACCUCCACCUGAUACACCUGGCUAAACACAACAGCCCCCAGGUCACUGUAGUGGGCAAUGUGACCUUUUCUUGUGCUGAGCCAGUUUCAGUCGCCGUGACAUUCACUGACUCCCACAGCUUCCUUCAGUUGCCCAGCCUGACGUCCUGGUCAUCAGGGGUUGCUUCUGUAGCACUACAGUUUAGGACGUGGAACAAGGUCGGACUGCUCUUGACAUUUGACCUCCCACAGCAGGAUGGCACAGUGCUCCUGUACCUGAGCGAGGCCAGGCUUCGUCUACAGAUCAGUAAAGCUGGCAGGGCUCCGCUAGAGCUCAGCACAGGUUCAGGUCUGAAUGACGGUCAGUGGCAUUCUGUGGAGCUGAACUUCAGACAGGAUCAUCUGAGCAUCACAGUGGACAAAGACGAAGGAGCCACGGCUCACACCAUCAUCCCUCUUCCUCUGACCACACACAGUCAGCUCUUCUUCGGUGGUUGUCCGGCUCAGACGAGCAGUCAGGAGUGCAGGAACCCCUCCAAGGCGUUUCAGGGAUGUAUGCGUCGCUUAACCCUGGAUGACCAAACUGUUGAUCUGAUCAGUGUGCAGCAAAGGCUGCUGGGAAACUACAGCCACUUGCAGAUUGAUAUGUGCGGCAUCGUCGACAGGUGUUCCCCCAGCCACUGUGAGCAUGGUGGUCGAUGCACUCAGUCAUGGAGCACCUUCCACUGCAACUGCUCCAACAGCGGCUACAGAGGAGCCACCUGCCACAGCUCAACAUAUGAACAGUCAUGUGAGGUGUAUAAACACAAAGGCAACACAUCAGGACAUUAUUACAUCGACGUGGACGGCAGCGGACCAGUCAAACCGCAGCUCAUUUAUUGCAACAUGACAGAGGACAGGACGUGGACUGUGAUCCAGCACAAUAACACAGAGCUGACCAGAGUUCAGUCCUCUCCGGAGAGAAACCAACACUUUGCCCACUUUGACUACUCGUCUGAAGAGGAGCAGUUAACCACCAUCAUCAGUCAGUCGGAGCACUGUGAGCAGGAGCUGUCCUACCACUGCAGGAAGUCCCGCCUACUCAACACACUGGAGGGUUCUCCAUUCAGCUGGUGGGUCGGAGGUCCGGGUUCAGGUCAGGUCCAUACGUACUGGGGAGGCGCUCUGCCUGGCAGCCGGCAAUGUGCCUGUGGUCUGGAGGACAGCUGUCUGGAUCCAAGUCACUACUGCAACUGCGACGCCGACUAUGACCAAUGGACUGAUGACUCCGGCCUGCUCACCCAUAAGGACACCCUCCCAGUCAGGUCUCUGGUGCUGGGUGACAUCCAGCGGCCAGGGUCCGAGGCUGCCUACAGGGUGGGACCCCUCCGAUGUCAUGGAGACGAGAACUUCUGGAACGCCGCAUUUUUUGACAAGGAGACGUCCUACCUUCACUUCCCCACCUUUCAUGGAGAGCUUAACGCAGAUAUUUCCUUUCUUUUUAAAACCACUUCAUCCUCUGGGGUUUUCCUGGAAAAUCUGGGCAUCAAGGAUUUCAUUCGGAUUGAACUGAGCUCUUCCUCGGAGGUCGUCUUCUCUUUUGAUGUGGGAAACGGACCACUGGACGUACGAGUGCAGACAGACCUCCCACUGAAUGACAACCGGUGGCACAGUGUGCGAGCUGAGCGGAACGUGAAGGAGGCAUCACUACGGGUCGACGAUUUCCCUCCUGCUACACAGGAAGCUCCUGCUGACGGACUCAUUCAUCUGCAGCUCAACAGCCAGUUAUUCAUAGGGGGCACUGCUUCCAGACAGAAAGGCUUCUUGGGCUGCAUCCGCUCUCUUCAGCUGAAUGGCAUCACUCUGGACCUGGAGGAAAGAGCGAAGAUCACCCCUGGGGUUCGACCUGGAUGUCCAGGACACUGCAGCAGCUACGGCUUGCUGUGUCAGAACCAGGGUCGCUGUGUGGAAAAAGCCAACGGCUUCUCUUGUGACUGUGGCCAGUCUGCCUUCAGUGGAGCCUUCUGUCAUGAAGAGGUUUCAGCGAGCUUUAAGUCAACAACAUCCGUCACCUACAUCCUCAAGGAGCGGUAUGAACCGAGCAGGAACAGCAGUGCCUUGCCUUCAUUCAUCUACUCAGAUAUCACACUCAGAGCAGAAAACGUCUCGCUGAGCUUCAGGACCAGCCAGAGUCCAGCCCUGCUGCUCCACGUCAGCUCCUUCUACAGGGAGUACCUGACCCUGCUCAUCAACAAACAUGAUGAGCUGGAACUGAGGUACAAGUUACACAGCAGCAGAGAUGUGGAGGUGUUGAGCAGCACAGUUGGCACCUUGGCUGAUGGACGGCUGCACACGGUGACCAUCAGGCGGCUGGCAGACACUGUUUCUGUGCAGGUUGACCACAAUGCCAGGGAGGACUUCAACUUGACAGCUGAUGUGGAAUUCAACAGCAUCAAAUCACUGACUCUGGGCAGAGUGCGAGAGUCUGAUGGAUCAGAUGCAGAGCUGGCUGGGCUGACCUCUCUUGGGUUCACUGGCUGCCUGUCAGGUGUUCGUUUUAAUUCCAUCAGCCCCCUGAAAGCUGCUCUGCACCAUCCUGACAGUUCUGUCAUUGUCACCGGACCACUGGUACAGUCAAGCUGUGGUUCAUCUUCUCCAGUCAGUCCCUACCCAGCAGAAACCACACACUCAUUAUCAGACCAACCUGGUUCAGUGGAUCCAGGUCAGCCUUUAGUCAAUACCAUCAGGAGUGACUCAGCUCUAAUUGGAGGGGUGAUCGCUGUGGUGAUCUUUGUCACUGUGUCUGCGUUGGUGAUUAUGGCCAGAUUCAUCUGCAGUAGGAAAGACACGUAUCGGAACCAGGAAGUAAAAGCAGCGCAGCCUGAAGACGGCCACGAGUUCCCAUUCAGCAGCCAGGCAGACUCUCCAAGCGUUCCCAAUGAAAACCAAAAGGAGUAUUUUAUUUAGCAGGAGCCCUGACCUCUCACUGACCUGACAGAACAGAGUAGGAUGACUUACCAAGUGCUCAGUGCUUUACAAGUCACCACUGAACUUUGAUUUAUGCUCUUUGAUUUUCGUUUUGUAAAUAUUGUACACUUUGCUAAAAAUGGGCAGAUGUGUUGGACUCCAUUCCCCUAAAAAGGAUUCCGAUCUUGUCACUUUGAGGAUGUAAAUAUUUCAAAAUGUACAGUGAAUGGUGAUUUGUGCAUUAAUAACUAUGUUUCUCCGCCAUUCUGAAAUGUUAUUUAAAGGAAAGUGUUUAAAGGAAAAAUGGAGAAUAGAUGUGAUGUUUAAAAAAAAAAAAAAAAAAAACAGCUUUACUUCAGUUAAGACUUUGGGGCUUGAUUUAUCAGGAACGCUUUUUUACGAGGACGAUGAACCUUCUGAUAAAUUUGAAAUGUCAGAGACACACAGUAUGUUUAGAAACACAGGAAGAUGGACCUGCCUGACUGAAGGAUUCAUUUGCGUGGUUCAUGCAGCCAAAGCACAGUCCCAGAAUCAAAUAAGAUCCACCUGUUAUACCUGAACAUAAUUUCAACACCUGCUGUAUAUAUGAAUACUAAAUUAAAGCAACUCACAAAAUUUACAUCCACACUUUGUCAUUGAGUUCGUCAGAGAGCUUUGAUGCUUCUCACUGUGCUUUUUCUUUAGAUCGAGAUCAAAAUAAAAUCUUAACAAUAA